UCCUCCGCCCUCUCAGACACUCACGAAGAGGAACUCAAUCCCGGAAGCAGUGACAAUAAUGCUAGAUGGGAUGUGUCGCUACCUCUUUUGUGGUCUCAGAGUUGGAGCUUACCUUUUGUAAAACACUCAAAAUGAAUUUAGAAGACGUCCCUAAGCGGCUAUAUGGGGAAUAUUGAGAUGCUUUUUCCGCCUUCAUGUCUAUCUACAUAUCUAUCUACUACCAAAUGCUGGUGCUGAAGUUCCACAUCACAGAAUGUUCUUGUGAAGAGGGAACAUAUUAGGGUAGGAUGCACUCUUCAAACCACCGACUGCGUGAAAUGGAGCAGCACCAUCCCCUGCUGUCGGCAGGUGGCGACGUCGAGUCGGGUAGUCUGGCAGCAGGAGUGAUGGUUGGUGGCGGCCACGCAGACCAUUCCGCCGGGAACCGUACUGUGUGGUUUAUCCAGGACAGCUGUGGUAUGGUGUGCGCUGGCAUGACCUGGUUCCUGGUGCUCUACGCCCAGUUUGUUGUGAACUUUGUCAUGCUGAUGCCCGCCAAGAGCUUCUGGUAUUCUCUGCUGAACGGAGCCACCUUCAACUCCCUAGCUGUGCUGGCCCUGGCUUCACAUCUCCGCACCAUGUUGUCAGAUCCGGUAAGCGUGUCAUGCGGGUCACAGUGUACCAGAAGCCAGUUCAUGAUUUUAUUGAUAAAAAUUGCAAUAAUUGAUUACAUUUUGAAUCUUCAGGGGGCGGUUCCCAAAGGAAAUGCAACCAAGGAAUACAUGGAGAGGUUGCAGCUGAAACCUGGUGAGGUUAUCUACAAGUGCCCAAAGUGCUGCAGCAUCAAGCCUGAGAGAGCACACCACUGCAGUAUUUGUAAACGGUGCAUCCGGAAGAUGGAUCACCACUGUCCCUGGGUCAAUAACUGCGUGGGAGAAAAGAACCAGAGAUUUUUUGUCCUUUUCACUAUGUACAUAGCAUUAAUAUCUGCUCAUGCACUGGGCCUGAGUGGCAUGCACUUCUUCACGUGUAUUAAAGUACAGUGGAACGAGUGCAGUGACUUCUCUCCCGGUGUAUCCGUGCUACUGCUGAUCUUCCUCUGUCUCGAAGCCAUCCUAUUCCUCACUUUCACGGCUGUCAUGUUUGGUACGCAGAUACACUCCAUCUGCAAUGACGAGACGGAGAUCGAACGUCUGAAAAACGAGAAGCCCACCUGGGAGCGUCGCACCCGAUGGGAUGGAAUGAAAGCCGUAUUUGGCGGCCCGCCCUCCCUGCUGUGGUGUAACCCAUUCACGGGGCUGCGUCUGCACCGCCUCACGUUCUUAAACCAAUCUCGCCGUCCUGGGUCUGAGUUUUCCAUCUGAGAGCCACCUCUAAUGAGACUCUUGAGGAAGGUGAUGGGAUGGACAUCGGCUCACAUGGUACUGGCCUUCCUGUGUGGGUUACAGGGUGCUCCGGUGGGGCUGCACAACUUCAGCAACCUCCACUCAAUGUCCAUCCUUUCUCACAGGGUUUCAAACAUAAGGCGUUUUUUGGUUUGUAUGGUGGUGACGCAUGCAGUGUAUAACUCAAGCGAAUCAUUUACCUCCCCUUCUCCUGUCGCAAUUGGCUUCUCUCAUUUUUUUUUUUAAUCAUUACUUUUUUGCCAUGCUGAUGAGAUUCAAAGUAAAUAUUUGACAUGGAGGAUGAGAGGGGCCAAGCAGCAUUAUUUCAGAUGACCCAGACAAAGGACGCACACUACUUCUGCAACACUUGAGUCUAGCACAGCAGACAGAGGACAUGUGCUGCUUUGAUUUGCAUGUGUAACACUGCAAUCAGUCGGCCGCGCCAGGCUGAUGAGACUGUGAACAACAAGCUUCUUUCUUCUGUGCAGCGCUGAGUGGCUUUUGCAAUGUUUUCAUCUCCUGCAUUAUCAAUAUUACCCUAUUCCUGGCUUCACUCUUUUUCAGCCAGUACAAAACAUGUUCUUUUUUAUGAAUAGCUGUUGCAGCAAGCAAUCUACCUAUGACUCCAUCCAUCCAUUUUCUAUGCCGCUUUUUCUCAUUAGGCUGGAGCCUAUCCCAGCUGACUUUGGGCGGGCCAAUCGCAGGGCACAAUCAUUCGCACACACAUUCAUACUUAUACAAUUUGGAGUCGGCAACCUGCGGGAGGAAACCGGAGUACCCACACACGCACGGGCAGAACAUGCGAACUAACCGAGAAUCGAACCCAGGUCUUCCCGAUCUCUUGACUGUGUGGCCAACUUGCUAACCACUCCCCACCGUACGGCCUACCCAUGACUCAUUGUAGAUAAAUGAAUCUCUUGAGUAUCCUUGCCUGCUUUGGUGGCUCAGUCUUGGAGGUUACUUUUGUAGACCAUUUGGGCUUGACAAGCUGCCUGCAGUAAGUUUUUAGACCCUGCAGUGGCUUUGCAUGCUGCUUGGCUAUCAUGACACAAGCACAACAUCCUUUUGUGCUUGAACUUUAUGCUCAUUCUAAGCUGGUGAAUUACAGAUUUUGCAUUGGACUUUGGUGGUGGCUUUUUCUACCACUUAAGCCUGUAACAAGCAGACCUUCACAAUGUUUUGAGAACACAUAAUGCCUUUUAUCAACAUCCAGUCAAUCCAUCCAUUAGCCAUCAUUUCCACAUGGUGUCAUGUUGUGAUUAGCUAAUAGGGCUUUUUUUUUUUACACUGGAUGAAUGUGGCAUUAAUAGAUAUAUAGACCCGGAGUUCAGAUUUAAUGAUCAAGCAUUGUCACUUUUCCCUCUAUGCGUUGGAUGGUGUACUGGUUUUUGUUCUCAUCUGUGGUUGUCAGGGAAGGGACUAUUUCUUCCUCAGUGUUUACACGAUGAAAGGUUGGUAUACAGGUAUACUAAUGUGAUGAAUGUAAAACAAGUUGACACUGUUUCUAAACAGUUUCCAGGAGAGUUUUAUUAAUGCAGUCCUUGUGGUUUUUUUCCUCUUCUUACUCUGUCGGGCAGGCAAAAAUUUGCAGCCCCUCUUGUUGCUGAUUAAUGAAAUCUUAACAUCCUCAUUCAGGAAAUUCAUUCAAACAAGACCAGUGUAUUGAUGAAGAGUGUGGCAAGACGGGUGAUGUGAAUAGGAACAGAAGUGGAGUUUACUGCUAGGAUGUGCUUUAUUCCAUAUCUUCUAUCUAUAGAGAGACGAUUCAUUAAAGGUCAAGAAGAGAGUUCAUAAUCAACAAAUGGCUGUAAAGAAUAGGACAUUGCUGUAAACUAAUAAAAUCAUGAUUCCUGGGUUUCAGGAAACGGGGUUAACAGCUAUGAGGCAUGUUUUGUAUAUCUGAUUGUAUUUUAAAUCCCUGCAUUACAUCAUGAUAUCAACGGGUUGUGUGGUGAUGCUGUCAACCGCACCGAGAAGAGUUUUCUCUUUCUGAGAGACUGUCCCGUGUGAUCAAGUCUUGCAGCUUUUAUUACAGAGUAUAAAGGUUAUUAUGAUCAUUGUAUAAAUGGAACCGUUUGUUUUGUUUCAUGUUUUUUAAAUACUAUACGUGUCAUGUUGUCAUUUUAAAUAAUAAACCUAAUUAAAUUAAAACUACCUC